AUGGCUGAGGUUAAUCGUGAGUCUGGAAAUCCAAUAGUUAGGAAAAACGAGAUAUUCGACGUUCUAGACGAGUUUUUAUACCCAAAUAGCAGUCCUAGUAAUUCAAAAGGCAAUAAAUUCAAUAAUAAUAACAACAUAAUGAAAUCAAACGUAAAUGAUUUCGAUGAAGAAAUCUUUAAUGCCUUUAUAAAGACAGAUUCUUUGGAUUUUAGACAACAUGAUGAUCACAAUGAUUAUCGUGAUGUUACAAAAGUGAAAGCAGAGGCAGAUGCAGGCACUGGGGUGACUUUGGAUCAAUAUAAUGACACUAAGGUAUACGAGCACGGUUAUAGUUUGAAUGCAGAAAAUCAUUCUUUUAUGGCAACUAACGGCGAUGAAAAGCAAGAUGAUGAUGGAAUCACCACCACCACAACUAUGGAUAAUGAUGGUACACAUAAAAAAACGAAAUCUAGCAUCACGAACACACAGAAUAUUUACGAAAUUUUAAUUGAAAAUACAGUUUCAUUUGGAGAAAGAGACGUUUCGGUUAGUUCAAAUUUAGAUUCUCAUGAUACUUUAGCAAGUCUUAAAAAUGCUGAAGAAAAAUUAAAUAAAAUAAACGAAUUAGUUAAUAUGGAUGAAAAUUUAUUACCAAAUAAAUUAAUAAUAUCCAAGUUGCCACACCAAUGUCGUGUAGAAAAUCAAAUUAAUAUUUCAAUUCAAAUUGAACCACCAUUAACAAAACAGCAUAUUUUACAUCUGUCAUCGAAUAAUGUGGCUAAAAAUAAAUUAUUUUUAUCAAAAGAUAUUGAUAAUUAUCCAAAAAACUUUUUGGAUGAAAUUGUUUUCUUAGAGUCCUUUUUACUAUGUUCAGAGACAAAUAAAAUUGCAAAUGUAUGCCCAAUGUGUAUAAACAGAGAACAAAGAAGAGCAUCAAGAAGAAAAUCAGGAUUAUGUGAUAAUAUACUAUGGUGUCAAAAUGAAAAUAGAAGUGCAUUGAUAUUCAACUCAAAACAAAUUUUACCAAUUAGUAGUGUAGCUAAACAUUUACAAGCCUUUAAGUUAACAGCAAGAAUGGUAUGUUAUUCAAGGCAUCAUAAAUCAUCAAAAGGUUUUAAAAUUUUAUUUAUAUUGAAAAACUUACAUGGCGAUCUUUUAGCUAAAUCUAUUUCUGAUUCAAUAUUAAUUAUGGAUAAAAAACCAAGUUCCUCAAUGAAUGGAGAAUCAAAUAAAAAUAAAUCUGCAACAUCUUCAAACUUCAAAACUAAUGCAUCAUUAUCACCAUCGAAUGAUAAAAAAAAUAAGCAUAGUAAGACUUAUUCUAACAGUAAUACAGAUUUAAGUAUGGACAUCGAUAGUAAUAUGGACACAGAUGCUUAUUAUUCAACAAAUUUAUCUGAAGCUAGUACAAAUUAUGCAUCUAUGAGCGACGCUCAAUAUAAUACAAAUCAAAUUGUACAACCCUACACUCAUAAUACUUCUCUCCCCAAUGUUAAUGAUCCAAACGCAAUGAUGCUUCCUUCUCAAAAUAAUGAGUACGAUAGCAAUAAUCAUAAUGGAAAUUCUAUGUUUAAUUUCACAUCACCUCAAACACAUAUUCCAUCACAUAAUAGAGUACCAUCUCAAUCCCAAUUACCACCACAAUUAAACUCACAGCAACAAUUGUUAAUGUUAAAUUCAUUUAUGCAACAAUCGGGAAUGCCAAUAAUACCAUCACCAACUUCAAUGUCUGAAGAUGGAUUAGAUCAAAACAAAAGUAGAAGCAUCAAAACUGCUUCAAGUACACAGAUUGCUGCAAGGAGAAACGAAUAUAUAAAUGGUUCAGCUAGACCAAAAAGACAACGUUCUGAUAUUGCAGAUACAAAAUACCAUUCAGAUAAUAUGAACCACUCACCACUAUCGUGGAUAAAUAACUCCAACAAUUCCAACAAUAACCAAUUUAACCAAACAUUACAAAAUAACGCAAAUCAACCAGUUAACGCUGCUGCCUUUACCAACCGUACAACAGACAACAAUAUGCCAAUGGUCAAUACUGUGUCACAAAACUCUAAUGAUAAUAAUAUUAAGAUGAAUUUACCAUUAAUUCAGAGAGCUAUUCCAUCACAGGGCCCUAUAACUGGCGGUAUUGAAAUCACUUUACUUGGUUCGAACUUUAGAAACGGUUUAACAAUUAAAUUUGGUGAUAAUGUUACGUUGUCAACACAAUGCUGGAGUGAUUCGACGAUGGUUACAUACUUACCUCCAGCUGCAACUGCAGGUCAAGUCUUCAUCAUUGCAGAAGAUCCAAAAUAUCCAAACCAAUUUGUAAACCAAUCGAACUCAAAUAAAAAUGCCGUUUUUACUUAUCUCGAUGAUACCGAUAGACAAUUGAUUGAACUGGCAUUACAAAUUGUUGGUUUGAAGAUGAAUGGUAAAUUGGAGGAUGCAAGAAAUAUCGCUAAGAGAAUUGUUGGUAAUGAUGAGAAUUCCCCUAAUAUUUCCCCAGCUAAUGGUAGUGCUGCUAGUACAGGUAAUAGCAAUUAUUCUAAGUAUUCUAGCCAAUUGGAGGGUAGUUAUUCUGAUGAACAGCUGAUUGUAAAAGUCAUAAAUUCAUUAAAUGCAACUUCUAAUUUAUCUAUGUGUGAUAGUAAUGGGAGAACAUUACUACAUUUAGCUGCAUUAAAAGGUUAUGAGCAAUUGGUAAUGACCUUAAUUAAAUAUGGUGCAAGAAUCGAUGAGAAAGAUAUGUUUGGUUACACUCCAUUACAUUUUGCUUGUGUGAAUGGUGAAUACAAAAUUAUUGCAUUUUUAUUAAAAUGUAAGGCUGAUUUGACUAUCAAAGCUAAGAAUGGUGUACAUGCAAGAGAUGUUUACAUGGUUAAUCAUGGAAAUGAUGAAAUAUCAAGUGAUGAUUAUAAUAGAGUAAUUAAAAUGUUUGAUUCAUUAGAGAAAGGCUCCAAAUUAGAGUUUAAUAAUUCCAGCUCCGGUGAUUUUGAUCUUGAUUCGUUACACUCAUUGGAAUACGAUAUUGAGCCUAGUAUUACAGUUAACUCAAGAGGUAAAACUCAUAAAGGUCCCACCACUGUUGCUGUCUCUGUAUCAGAGGAUUCUGGUUAUGAAGUCAGCGAUGGUGAAAGUUUCAUCACUAAUGACAGUGAUUUAUCAUCUAUGAAUUCAGAAUCAAGAGACUUCAUAAAUACUGAAAAUAAUGGAAACAAUGUAUUUAACAUAGAAAGAUCUACAUCGAAGAAACUCCGUGAAGCUAACGAACUUGAAGAAAAUACUGAAAUUACUAAUGAUGAAAGUAAAGGUACCGAGACUGAAAACAAUUCUGUUAAUUAUGCAGAUAGAAAUAACGAUUCUUUGUGGAAUAGAAUGUUAAACAGGAUUAAUGACGAUUUACCUAAAUAUGAAGAUCUAUUCCCUGGGUUUACACAUCCCUCCAAAGCUAAACAGCAAACAACUUCUAUGAUGGAUGAAGAACAGGCUGUAACUAUGAACAAAACAAAGGACAUGUCUGUAUUGUCAUCAAAUACAGAUGACCUAUCUCAAACCUCCAGUGAAGAUGAAGAUGAUGCUAUACAGAUUAGAUUAAAUAGAUUUUUCCAACAGCAAAGAGAAACCACAUUUCAAAAUGAUAAGAUGCUAUGGUUUUUUUGGUUCCCACUAUCUAUUAUACUAAUAUCAACAUAUUUCUUUAUUAAAUUCGGUUCAAUCGAUGACAGUAAAUUAUAUUCAUUUUCAUUUGAAAUAGUUGAUCGUUUCAGAAAGAGUUUGGCUAAAUUAAUGUUGGGUAAUGAUAGAAUGAAAGCAGCUUUCAAGGAACAGUUAUCAAAUUUCCAAAAUACAGGUAUACAUGUUCCGGUAAUGUAA